AUGUCGAAUCAGGUGCCGAAGGUGCGGAGGGACACGAUUGUAGCAUGCAUGACUUGCCCACUCUGCAACAAGUUGUUCAGGGAAGCCACAACCAUAUCCGAAUGUCUGCACACGUGUGAGCCCUCCUCUCUUUCAAUCCGUGUCAAUUUUUUCUCCGAUUUCUCUGCAUUCGCUUCUUCCUUCACUCUACGCCCUGAUGCGGGAGCAUCUGGACUUUGCGUAACCGGAAAGAGAUAUGGGAAGUGCAUUUAUGAUAAAAUUACGGAUGAAGAAUUGGAAACUUGUCCAAUAUGCAAUAUUGAUUUGGGUGGUGCUCCACUCGAGAAACUGAGGCCAGACCACAGUUUGCAAGAUGUAAGGGCCAAAGUUUUUCCCUUAAAGGGAAGAAAGGUGAAGGCACCUGAAAUUGUGCCCUCAGUACCAUUUCCAGCUAGAAGAAAGGAGAGAUCUCUUUCGUCUUUGGUGGUCAGCACUCCAAGGGUAUCUGCACAGGCAACAAUGACAGGAAGAAGAACAAAACCUUCAAGAAAGGCUAAUAGUCUGCGGUCCACUAGUUUUUCCAUUGAAAAGCCCAUUAAAAAGGAGGAAGACUUACUGGAAGAUCAUCCUGAGAGUUCAAGCUCACCUGACACUUCAAAUAAGUUUGCUCAGAAUUCCGGACAGAGUAUGUCCCCUUGUGAGGGUAGUCAAUCCGCACCCAAUAAAGGAUCAGAGAAUGGUGCCGAACUAUGGGAUGCAAAAUUGGAUCUUUGGAAACCGUUGAAUUGUUUAGUAGAGGUCGCAAGUAGGAGUAAAUCUUUCAAGUCUAAUGUGCAAGUGUCUGAUGCUAAAUUAGAAAGCACUCAAGUAAAUGAGAGCGACUUUCAAGUGCAGAAAGCUAAAAAUAAGGAAAAUAAACGUAAGGCAAAAGUUGAGGAUGAAAAGAUUAGCCCUUAUCCAUUCUCUUCAGAUACAGCAAAACCUAAUAAAUUGCGCAGAAUGCGCAAGAAGAAGGAGCCUGCUUCUGGAGAAUCAAGCAUAUCACCCCAAGCUGUACUGGAUUCUGCCACUAGUAGUAGACUCUCAAGGACUGGUCCAAUUUGGUUCUCCUUAGUAGCUUCUGAAAACCAGGAAGGAGAUGGACCACCCUUGCCUCAAAUUCCUGCAAGUUAUGUGAGAAUAAAGGAUGGUAGCGUACCAGUCUCAUUCAUCCAAAAAUACCUAAUGAAGAAACUGGACUUGACUAGUGAAACAGAGGUUGAGAUUAAAUGUAUGGGACAAUCAGUGCUCCCUACAUUGCGGCUUUAUAAUUUGGUUGAGUUGUGGCUGGAUACAGCAUCCACUUCACACAGAAUUCCAGCGACUAUUGGGUCUUCAGCAAAGGAUUUUGUCAUGGUCUUGGCUUAUGCUCGGAAGAUUCCACACCCUUGA